AAGGCAGGAGACCGGCAUGUCUUCGGACGUUGUUGUCGUUGGGCAGAGAAAUCUGGACCAUUGGAGAGCCUGGCUGUGCCUCCUUCCCUGCUUCAUGGAAUCAUGGAGCCAAAGAGGGAAGAACCUGUCCUUUGCAGCCAUAAGGCUCAAUGGUCUCCCUUCCUUCUCUGGGCUGCAUAGGGCCCCCUGUCCUCCCUGCUAUGGCUGAAGGAGAGAGAAGACGCCAGGAUGACAGAGGGCUUUGACUGCGCCGGCUGCAAGGAGUCCCUUUACGGGCGCAAGUACAUCCAGGCGGAGGAGGGCCCCUUCUGCAUCCCCUGCUACGACGCCCACUUCGCCAACACCUGCGAUGAGUGCAAGGAGCUCAUUGGCCAUGACAGCCGGGAGCUGUACUAUGAGGACCGGCACUACCACGAGGGCUGCUUCCGGUGCUUCCGGUGUGGCUGCUCCCUGGCCGAGGAGCCCUUCACCUGCCAGGCUGAGGAGCUGCUCUGCAAUGCCUGCUACUGCCGCGAGUUCUCCUCCCAGUGUGUUGCCUGCCAGCAGGUGGUCAUGCCAGGCUCUCGGAAGCUGGAGUACGGCGGUCAGACGUGGCACGAGCACUGCUUCCUCUGCAGUAGCUGUCAGCAACCCAUCGGGUCCCGGUCUUUCAUCCCUGACCAGAAGGACUACUACUGCGUCCCCUGCUAUGAGAGCAAGUUUGCUCCCCGCUGCACCAGCUGCAAGAAGUCGCUGACCAAGGGCGGGGUGACCUACCGGGACGAGCCCUGGCACAAGGAGUGCUUUGUGUGCACCGGGUGCCGGGCCCCUCUAGCCGGGCAGCAGUUCACCUCCCAGGAAGAGCAGCCCUACUGCCUCAAAUGCUUCGGAAGCCUCUAUGCCAAGAAGUGCAGCGGAUGCACCAAGCCCAUUACUGGCUUCGGUGGGGGCAAGUACGUCUCCUUUGAGGAGCGCCACUGGCACCAGCACUGCUUCAGCUGCUCCCGCUGUGCCACCUCCCUGGUGGGCAAGGGCUUCAUCCCCGAGAACGACCAGGUCCUGUGCCGCGACUGUGCCACCAGCCUCUGAAAGGCCCCGGCUGAGCCGCCCCUCAGUGUGCCAAAGCCCUCCUGGAGCAGCAGCCCCCUCCCACCCGUCCCUCGGAGCUGGGUCUCUCCUCCACAAGUGGGAGGGGCCCCUUUGCCCCAGGGCCACCUGUGCCUUUCCUGCUCCAGGUCCUGUCUCUUUGCCCUGGAUGUUCACAGCAGCCUUUCUUCCUGGGCAGAAUGUUAUGCAUGUGGCUUCUUGCGAAACCUAUACAUGGGGGAGUCUCUCUCCGCCUCUCUCUUUUUUCUCCUCCCCCUUUUAUAUGCUUCUGUGCAGUCUGUGUAUGCGUGAAGGAGCGAGAGAGAAAGCAAGAAGAAAAGUGUGUGUGUGUCCUUUCUGGCUUUGUAUAAUAAACAACAUUAAUGACC